GGUGGUUUUGCAAGUGGCUAAUAGUUUGAACUGUACCACAUUUUUCACCACCCUAAUUCUCCCUAUCGACGGUAAGCUAUUUAAUAGGUUUGUUUAAUUUUCAAAUAAUUACAUCCAAAAAGCGAACGCUUUACAACAGCUGUUGGGUUAGUACAUGUAUUGUGGAAUGCAUUGAGCUACCAAGUUAUCUGAGAAGGAACAUAGAAAUAAUCAAAAAUGACUCUCUGUUGUCGGAUUUGUUUUGUGGAAAAUCCGAAGAAUUUUUCUCUCUAUAAAUGUAUGGGGAAAAAAUAUUUGCCUAGUGUUAUUUUUAACAUCAGUGGAGUGAAAGUACAUUACAAAAAAUACAAUUAAUUCAGAAAGCACGUAUUUUAAAAUAUAUGUACGUACUUUUCACAGGUUUCAAAAAAGCUUGAGCCAGAGGCAACCAUUUGCCGUCGCUGCGCUGCAUCGAUAUUGGUUGCUGAAAACAUUAUAUUGCGAUGCCAAGAGUCAGAAGAAUAUCUCCAGUUUCGUCGUUUAAAGGAAAGUUGCUUACCCAGGCAAUCGCCAACUGCGAAGACAGAAAGCUUUAACGUAAGAAGCUAUGGAAAAUAUCAGUCUGCUUCGACCUGCAGUGAUUUGGAAGAAGCAUUACCAUUGGAACCAAAUGGUGGGCAUAUGUUACAAUCUGUCAAAGAACUUCAUAUAAUAAAAAAUGAUGUGAAUACUUUUAAACGGCUUGGAGACGACCAAAGUCAGUUCUCAAAUAAUUACGAACCAGCAAUAAAACGUUUGAAGAGUAAAGAAGUUACAUCAGUGUCCAUCUUUUAUUGCGAUCAAUGUGACUAUAACACCAAGAUAGGUAAACGUAUUAUAGAACACAAACAAAUUGAGCAUGGAGUGUACGAUCCAAAUAUCUAUACCUGCAGUAUUUGUUCUGAAAGCUUUUCUUGGAAACCAACACUGUAUAGACAUAUAGAGAUAGACCACAAAAUACUUCCUGCAGAUAAAAAAUAUUUAUGUAAUGAAUGCGGUCGUGCCUACAUGCGAGAAGUGCACUUGUUAGAACAUAUAAAGCAGCGACAUGGACCUCGUAGUUUCAAAUGUCCUGAUCCACUAUGUGAGCAAUCAUUCACUCGAACGUUCACUCUUAGACGUCAUUUCAUCACUACACAUACUGAACAAACAAGCUCUCGUUAUCAUUGCAUAUAUUGUGAUAAAUACUUUAAGGUUUAUGAUCAAUGGAAAUACCAUAAUGAAGUUAUUCACAAAAAUGAAACUGUAUAUUGCCCACAUUGUGGCUAUCCUUUUCGCUUCAAAGAAAAGCUAGAUGAACAUAUUUUGAAGGAUAUUUGCAAACGUAGUAUUGUGCCCUGCUCUUAUUGCCAAAGACGCUUCACAACAAAGUCUGGUCUGAGAGAGCACGUGCGGAAUAUACACAACAUCUACUAGUUAAGAGCUUGUACACCUAUAAUACGAUAAAUACUAAUUAAUUACUUGGAAGCGUCGACAAAUAAAACUAGCCAUAAUUUUUUUGCUUUCUAUUAAAUCAUUAAUAUUUAGCUUUAUACUGGGCAAUAAUUUGAUGCUAUUUUACAAAUUUAGGAUCAUAUGCAUAUACCAACUGUGAAGAAGGUGCUCCCUAAUAAGAAUAUUGCCACAUUUUGAGGGUCUCACAGAAAUAUUAUUUAAAACGCAUGAACUUUUAUCCAUGCGCAGAAAAACUUUCAAGCUGACAACAAUUUCACAUAUUUACGAAAAGCCUAAGCAAAACAAGAACGAAGAACAACUGUAAAAGCAUACAAAAUAAAUAUGCAGCCAUGGAGGUCUAGCAGCAAUUUCUUCUAGACAAGAAUAUACAUAUGCAUAUUUAAAGCAAAAAAGUGAGAUCACCCUAUAGCUAAAUACCUACAAAUAAAUAAUGAGAUCGUAAAAGAGUUAAUGCGAAUAGAAGAGAACUACCCACAAUGCACUAAGUAAAUUGAGCAGGCAACAUAAGAAAAAUAUAUAACUACAUAUGUAUGUAGGUAUGAACAUACUAGAUAUGCUCUUAUACAAUCAACAAAUCGAAUGGCCCUUAGCCAAGUGUUAAUGUUCUUUAAUUAAAUUAUGAAAGAAGUGACGUAGCAGACUGCUUGAAUGGCGUUUAUUUUUUAUACAGCCAGGCUAGAAGCGUUUGCCUCUUAUCGCACAAUUUGUGAACAUGAAAAGUGGCACUCAACCGGCACAGUAUCGCUCAUUGGGAAUUGAGAAUGCUUGUUUGCUGUUUUUGUGCGUGUAAUAUUCGUUUCAAAACUAAUUAUCAGGAGAAACGGGCUUAAGGGAGACAUUUUCGAGACAUAUACUAUGGCAUCGCUUCGAUUGAUAAAUCGGUUAAUAAUACGUGGAUUCAUAUCGCUGUCGUUGUUGCUGGUUUUCUUCAACGAAUUCAUAGUUUAUUACAUUAAUCAGUCCACAUGGCAACAAAUUUAUUGUAAAUACGAUAACUGUACAAGAAUAUUGUUUGUAGCGGAUCCACAAUUGAUUGGUAAUUCUUACGAGAAAGGGUUUUGGAGCCCUAUAUCGCGGUACGAUGCAGAUAGAUAUUUGAGAAAAACUUUUGAACGAACACUAGACUUCACACAACCACACAUUAUUUGCUUUCUUGGCGAUCUCUUGGAUGAGGGAAGCAUUGCAAACCAACAAGACUUUGAUAGCUACGUCAAACGGUUCAAUCGAAUUUACAACGCUAUCACAAACAUAAAACGGAUUCAUGUGCCUGGAGAUAAUGACAUUGGCGGUGAGGAUGGGGAAUAUAUCUCAAACUCAAAUGUGCGCCGCUUCGAAGAGUCUUUUCAAAAUGAAGAUCUCUUUGACUAUGAAAAUAUGUUACGCUUUUUUAAAAUAAAUCGGAUGAUGCUCGACUUUUCGAAUCCAGAUCGUGAACACAAUGCACAACGCUUACGUGUUGGUAUUUCUCAUGCCCCAAUUCUCAUUGGUGGUGGGCCACUCUUGCGUUCGGUACUUAGUGAAUUGGAUCCUCAUGUAAUAUUCUCUGGCCACUGGCAUGAAUCUAGAAUAUUCAUACAUCCAUCAACGCACGUAGUGAACUUUUAUGAGUCGACCGUGCGACAUUUCGAUUUGCGCUCUCUAAAAGAGAAGGAACAUCAGUAUCUCGAAAUUAUGGUACCUACCGCUUCGUACCGUAUGGGGAAAAUGAAGAUGGGUCUAGGGUACGCGGUGCUUGAAAACUAUCAACUUAGCUACACAGUACUCUGGCUGCCCAACCGAUUCAUUUACCUGUUUUUAUAUUUAUUUUGGCUGCUUUUAUCAGUUUGUGGUUUCAUUGUGUUCAGAAUGAUGACGCGAUGCCCAUUUCGCGUCACUAAACAUCAAUCAUUAUACAACCGUACUUUAAACAUGUCUUAAUUUUAAACUUAUAUAUAUCUAAAAUGUAAAAUUAAUUAAAGCGUUGGUAUGACAAAUUAUAAGUCAAAAUCCAUUUUCUGUAAGGGUUGAAACCUAUAAAUAAUAUUAAGUAUUCAAUGUGUAACCAAUAUCUGUUGAAUUUAUAUUGUUAUUAAGUAUAAUAUGAAAUAGUAACUAAUAUAUGUUUUAAAUAAUAAA